AUGAUUACCAAGUAGCAUUUAUCUGUUGCUGUUUUUGGUGAUGUUGAUUCUGGUAAAUCAACCACCUGUGGUCACCUCGUCUUCAAGUUAGGUGAAGUCAACUAAAGAAAAAUUGAUGAACUCAAGGCUCUUGCUGAAAAGGAAGGUAAGUCAUCUUUCGGAUUUGCUUAUGUUAUGGAUCGUACAAAGGCCGAAAGAUCCAGAGGUAUCACUAUCGAUGUUACCAUGCUUAAGUUCAACACUAACAAGUAUAACUACACCAUCAUAGAUACUCCAGGUCACAAAGAUUUUGUUAAAAAUAUGAUCACUGGUACAGCUCAAGCUGAUGUUGGUAUCCUCAUCGUCACAGCAGAAAAGGGAGGAUUCGAAGCUGGUUUCUGUCAAGGAGGUCAAACAAAAGAGCAUGUCCUCCUCGCUUAUACUCUUGGUCUUAGACAAAUCAUAGUUUGUGUCAAUAAGAUGGAUGACAAGUUAGUCAACUUUAGUGAGGAGAGAUUUGAAAAUAUCAAAUCUGAAGUCUCUCUCUAUCUCUAAAAGAUAGGUUUCAAUCUCAAAAAUGUCUCUUUCAUUCCUAUCUCUGGAUAUAUUGGUCACAACCUUACUGAGAAGAGCGAGAGUAUGCCUUGGUAUAAGGGUAACACUGUUCUUGAAGCUUUGGACUCAGUUACUCCUCCCACCAGACCAGUUGAAAAGGAUCUCAGAAUUCCUAUUCAAGGUAUUUACAAGGUUGAUGGUAUCGGUAUUGUUGUAUCUGGUAGAGUUGAAUCAGGAGUUCUUCAAACAAACAAGUCAAUAUGCUUUGCACCCUAUGAAGGAAAGGCAAACACUAAAUUAGAAGUUAGAUCUAUUGAAGCUCACCACACAAAGUUGAGUGAAGGAAUGCCAGGAGAUAACAUCGGCUUCAAUGUAAAAAACUUAGAAUAUAAGGAUAUCUCUAAAGGAGCAGUUUGUGGUUAUGUUGGUGAGAGAGCUCCAAGAGAGUGUGAAAGCUUCGAAGCUCAAGUUAUUGUGAUCAAUCACCCUGGAAGUAUUAAGAAAGGUUAUUGUCCAGUUGUGAAUGUUCACUAGGCCUCUGUUUCUUGCGAAUUCGAAGAGAUCGUGAAAAAGAUAGAUAGAAAAACAGGAGCAAGCAUUGAAGAGAAUCCCAGUUUCAUCAAGAAUGGUGAGUGUGCAAUAGUAAAGCUCAAACCUAGAAAGGCUGUUUGUGUUGAAACAUUUGCCAACAAUGCUCCACUUGGUCGUUUCAUCAUUAGAGACAUGAAAGUAGUGGUUGCUAUAGGUAUUAUAAAAUCUGUAAAUUACAAGUGA